AUGCCUCGAUCAACCACAUCCUCGUCCUCGGACACAAUCAACGACAGAACGAUCCAACUGGCAACAUCGACAGACCCUGAGAAACAAAGUCACCAACCAUUGAACAAGACAGAAGCCAACAUACAUCCGGUGCCUAUCAACACCGUCGUAGCAGACCUUGAGCGUGGCGACGAUGAUGAAAAGAAACAAACCCAACAGCAGCCUCCAGCAGCGGGUCCUCCACCUGGAAUGGCCCCAGCCGAUUUCCCUGAUGGAGGGCUCGAGGCUUGGCUGGUCGUCUUUGGCGGCUGGUGUGCGCUGUUCUGCACAUUUGGGCUUGUAAACUGCGUGGGAGUCUUUCAGAAAUAUUAUGUUUCUGGGCCGCUCAGGGAUCAUGACAGUUCUGCUGUGAGCUGGAUUAUGUCUGUCGAGGUAUUCUUCAUGGUAUUCUGCAGUGCUCUGUUCGGUCGCCUUUUCGAUACGUAUGGCCCAAAGUAUCUCCUCUGGUGCGGCACUCUUGCCUACAUCUUUGGUCUCAUGAUGGUAUCCUUGUCAACAGAAUACUACCAGUUCUUCCUUUCGCAAUCCAUUGUCGCAUCCAUCGGCUCUAGCGCUGUCUUCAACGCCUCCAUGUCUUCCCUUGUCACUUGGUUCUUUAGACGACGUGCAGCGGCUUUCGGUAUCAUGGUCUCAGGAUCGUCUCUGGGAGGCGUUAUUCUUCCAAUCAUGAUGGACAAGAUGAUCAAGAGUGUGGGCUUUCCCUGGAUGAUGCGAACUAUGGCCUUUAUGUUCCUUGUUCUGCUCGGCAUUGCCUGCUUCACUGUCAAGUCUCGUCUGCCUCCUCGCCCCAGGCCUUUCAUCUUUAUGGAAUACCUCAACGGUCUUCGUGAACUCCCGAUCCUGAUCACUGUCUCCGGAUUCUUCCUUUUUAUGUGGGGAAUGUUUCUUCCUUUCAACUAUGUCCUACUCCAGGCUCAGGCGGCAGGCAUGUCCGAGACAUUGAUUCCUUAUUUGUUGCCUAUCCUCAAUGCUGUGAGCAUCUUCGGCCGUAUUAUCCCAGGCAUAAUUGCCGACAAACUUGGUCGAUUCAAUGUGAUGAUUGCUAUCACCUUUAUUUCCGCACUCUUCUGCCUGUGUGUUUGGAUUCCUGCCAACAACACAGCCGGUAUCGUUGUCUUUGCCGUCAUUUUUGGCUUCGCCUCAGGUGGCUACAUCAGUCUUGUCCCGACUCUGAUCGCCCAGCUCUCUGAUAUCCGUCAUAUUGGCACCCGUGUCGGUGCUGCGUUUGCUGUUGCGUCUUUUGGUGCUCUGACCGGAAGUCCUAUCGGCGGUGCGAUUGUGUCUGCCCAGGAUGGCAAUUAUCUGGGUCUGCAGCUUUUCUGUGGUUGCUCUAUGAUGGCAGGCUGCAUCGCUUUCAUUUGCGCACGUUAUGUGCAAGUUGGUUUCAAGAUUGUCAAGGUUUGA